ACGCUGCAUGGUUGUGGCAGCGAAGCAGCGAGCGGACAAAAGGCGUGCUGGGAAAUUCACUAACGUGAUGAAUUAGUCAGCGAGAAUGCCUCGUUUUCCCGACACCCCCAUUUCGUUUUAAAGCCAGAAGCAGCUCGCGCUCCGGUGGAGGAGUGUUUGAUGGAGAGACUCGGUAGGAGAAGACGCGGCGGAGGAAAAGUGCGAGGCGCCGAGGCGCGUGCAGAGAGAGAGAGAGAGAGAGAGGGAUAGGGAGAGCCAUCCGAGGAGGAAUAAACGCCUGAGAAGAGAGAAGAGAAGAGAAGAGAAGAGAAGAGAGAGGGAAGAAACAGGGAAGAGGGGAGGGAUAGAAAACGCCCUUCUCAACACCCCUCUCCAAAAAAAAAAAAAAAAAAAAAAUGAAAUAAAUGCAAUAAGCUGAAAGCCCAGGCUCUGGUGCUUUAGGACGGGACUGGAGCAUGGCGCGGCGCACUGAGCUGGGGUCCUGCCCGACUUUUCAAACUUAAUUGGAGGAGCAUUUCCGGUUGGAUUAAUCCACAUUUUUUCCCUGGUGGUGGGGUGGGAGAUCCCAGCAAACCCUGCAGGCCAAAGAGGAGCUCCGUUUGCUGUUGUUUUGUUUUGUUUUUUGUUUGUUUUUUGUUUGUUUUUUGUUUGUUUUUUGUUUUAACGCACAGUCCUCGCGCAGGAAUCUAACCUUCCCAGCACUGAGUAAUCUGAGGAUAUGAUCUGAUGAUGUCUUUGGGAGCUGAAAGCAGGAUGGAGAAGCGGCUGAAGAAACUGGAGGCCAUGAUCAGAGACCCGCGCUCUGCCAUCAACCUGGAAAGUUUGCUGGACGCCAUGAGCGCCAUGGUGUUAGAUCUGAACUUUCCCGCCUUACGCAAAAACAAGAACAUCGAAACCUUCUUGAACAGAUACGAGGCAGUAAUGGGUGAUAUCAGAGAUCUGCAGAUGAAGCCGGAGGAUUUCGAUAAGGUGAAGGUGAUCGGCAGGGGAGCAUUCGGAGAGGUGCAACUGGUGAGACACAAGGCAUCUCAGAAGGUUUACGCUAUGAAGUUGCUGAGUAAAUUUGAGAUGAUCAAGCGCUCAGACUCUGCAUUUUUCUGGGAGGAGAGAGACAUCAUGGCAUUCGCACACAGCCCCUGGGUCGUACAGCUGUGCUGUGCGUUUCAGGACGACAGGUUCCUCUACAUGGUGAUGGAGUACAUGCCGGGCGGAGACCUGGUCAACCUCACUAGUACGUACGACGUUCCAGAGAAGUGGGCCAAGUUCUACACGGCGGAGGUAGUCAUGGCUCUGGACGCCAUCCACUCCAUGGGCUUCAUCCACCGAGACGUGAAGCCCGACAACAUGCUGCUGGACCACAAUGGCCACCUCAAACUCGCCGACUUCGGCACCUGCAUGAAGAUGGACUCGACGGGCAUGGUGCACUGUGACACAGCGGUUGGCACGCCCGACUACAUCUCACCCGAGGUGCUGAAAUCACAGGGAGGAGACGGGUACUACGGGCGCGAGUGUGACUGGUGGUCUGUUGGAGUCUUUCUUUUUGAGAUGCUCGUAGGUGACACUCCGUUCUACGCUGACUCUCUGGUAGGAACCUACAGUAAAAUCAUGGACCAUAAGAACUCGCUGAACUUCCCAGAUGAUGUCGAGAUCUCAAAGGAGGCCAAAAAUAUCAUCUGUGCCUUCCUGACAGACAGGGAGGUGCGUUUAGGGCGGAACGGCGUGGAAGAGAUUAAGAGACACCCGUUCUUCAAAAAUGACCAGUGGACCUUCGACACCAUCAGAGACACCGUGGCUCCCGUCGUACCCGAGCUGAGCAGCGAUAUCGAUACGAGUAAUUUCGAUGACAUUGAGGAUGAUAAGGGCGACGUGGAGACGUUCCCUACACCUAAAGCCUUCGUAGGGAACCAGCUGCCCUUCGUUGGAUUCACGUAUUUCAAAGAAGACCAGUUGUUAAAUGCUUUCAACAGUUCAUCAGAACGUCCUGCUUCUAUUAAAGGAGAGGACAGUGUUAUGCUCCAGAAGAAGAUUCACUCAUUAGAGGAGCAGCUGAAUAAUGAAAUGCAGGCCAAAGACGAGCUCGAACACAAGUAUAGGACGAGCAGCGCACGACUCGACAAGAUCGCCAAAGAGCUCGAGGAAGAGAUGAGCAGUAGGAAAGCUUUGGAGUCGUCCCUCAGACAGCUGGAGAGAGAAAAAGCUCUGCUGCAGCACAAAAGCGUCGAGAGCCACAGAAAGGCCGAGAGUGAGGCGGAUCGCAAGCGCUGCCUCGAAAACGAAGUGAACAGUCUGAGGGAUCAGCUGGAGGAGAUGAAGAAGAGAAACCAAAAUUCACACAUUUCCAACGAGAAGAACAUCCACCUGCAGAGACAGCUGGACGAGGCGAACACGUUGUUGCGGGCGGAGUCGGAUGCGGCGGCUCGUCUGCGUAAGUCGCAGGCGGAGGGCAGUAAACAGCUGCAGCAGCUGGAGGCACACGUGCGAGAGCUGCAGGAUAAAUGCUGCCUGCUGGAGAGCAGCAAACUGACGCUGGAGAAAGACUUCAUCAGCCUGCAGGCGGCACUCGACACCGAGAAACGAGAACACACACAGCGCUCCGAGACCAUCUCUGACCUGCAGGCGCGUCUCUCGGGUCUGGAGGACGAGAUGAAGCAGGCGAGACAGGCUCUGUCCAAAGCCGAGACUGAGAAGAGACAGCUGCAGGAGAAACUCACCGAUUUGGAGAAGGAGAAGAGCAAUAAGGAGAUUGACAUGACGUACAAGCUGAAGGUUCUGCAGCAGAGUCUGGAGCAGGAGGAGGCGGCGCACAAAGCCACGAAGACCCGACUCGCCGACAAGAACAAGAUCAGCGAGUCCAUUGAGGGAGCGAAGUCCGAGGCGGUGAAGGAUCUGGAGCAGAAGCUGCAGGCCGAGCGUUCCUCUAAGCUGCAGGUGGAGAACCGGCUGCUCGAGCUGGAGAAACACAACUCCAUGUUGGACUGCGAUUACAAACAGGCGCUGCACAAACUCGAUGAGCUGCGCAGACACAAGGACCAACUCACUGAGGAGGUGAAGAACCUGUCUCUGAAGAUCGAGCAGGAGGUCCAGAAGCGCAAUCUGACCCAGAACGACCUGAAGGUACAGAACCAGCAGCUCAGCACCCUGAAGACAUCAGAGAAGCAGCUCAAACAGGAGAUAAAUCACCUGCUGGACAUCAAACGCAGCCUGGAGAAGCAGAUCAUGGAGCUCCGCAAGGAGCGUCAGGAUUCUGACGGACAGAUGAAGGAGCUUCAGGAUCAGCUGGAGGCGGAACAGUAUUUCUCAACGCUGUACAAGACUCAGGUGAGGGAGUUAAAGGAGGAGUGUGAGGAGAGGAAUAAGCUUUAUAAAGAAAUGCAGCAGAAUCUGCAGGAGCUGCAGGAGGAGAGGGACUCUCUGGCCGCUCAGUUGGAGAUCACCCUGACGAAGGCCGACUCGGAGCAGCUGGCUCGCUCCAUCGCUGAGGAGCAGUACUCUGAUCUGGAGAAGGAGAAGAUCAUGAAGGAGCUGGAGAUUAAGGAGAUGAUGGCCAGACACAGACAGGAACUCUCCGAGAAGGACACCACGAUCAGCUCGUUGGAGGAAGCUAACCGCAUGCUAACGAGUGAUGUAGCAAACCUGGCUAACGAGAAGGAAGAGCUGAACAACAAGCUGAAGGAAGCACUGGAUGACUUGCAGAAGCUGAAAGACGACGAACAGUCCAUCACACAGAUGAAGCUCGCUUACGAGAAGCAGCUGCAGUCAGAGAGGACUCUCAAGACACAGGCUGUGAACAAGCUGGCUGAAAUCAUGAACAGGAAAGAAGUGCGUGGCAACGGAAGUCGCCGUGGAAACGACACGGAUGUGAAGAGGAAGGAGAAAGAAAACAGGAAAUUACAGCUGGAGCUACGAUCCGAACGGGAGAAACUCAACAGCACCAUCAUCAAAUAUCAACGUGAAAUCAAUGAAAUGCAGGCGCAACUAGCAGAUGAGUCUGUGAUGCGUGUGGAGCUGCAGAUGGCUCUGGACAGUAAAGACAGCGAUAUCGAGCAGCUCCGAGGCCUCCUCAAUUCCCUCAACGUGCACUCGCUCGACUCGGCCAGCAUGAGCAGCGGCCCCGACUUCGAAACGGACGAAUCGCUGCCAGAGACCAGGUUAGAGGGCUGGCUGUCUCUCCCCGUGAGGAACAACACCAAGCGCUUCGGCUGGGAGAGAAAAUAUGUCGUGGUGAGCAGCAAGAAGAUCCUCUUCUACAACAGCGAGCAGGAUAAAGAGCUCUCCAAUCCCUACAUGGUGCUGGAUAUAGACAAACUCUUCCACGUUCGUUCGGUCACCCAGACGGAUGUGUACCGCGCAGACGCUAAAGAAAUUCCUCGAAUAUUUCAGAUCCUGUACGCUAACGAGGGCGAGAGUAAGAAAGAGCAGGAAGUGGAGCCGCUGCCCAUCGGAGAGAAAUCCAGCUACAUCUGCCACAAAGGGCACGAGUUCAUCCCGACGCUCUACCACUUCCCCACUAACUGCGAGGCCUGCACCAAACCGCUGUGGAACAUGUUCAAACCGCCUCCCGCCCUCGAGUGCCGCCGCUGCCACAUCAAGUGCCACAAGGACCACAUGGAUAAGAAAGAGGAGGUGAUCGCACCGUGUAGAGUGAACUAUGACGUGUCCACGGCGAAGAACCUGCUGCUGUUGGCGUCGUCUCAGGAGGAGCAGCAGAAGUGGGUCAGCAGGCUCGUUAAGAAGAUCCCUAAAAAGCCUCCGGGCCCCGACUGGAGCCACCGCUCGUCCCCUCGCGUCCCCACUAAAGUCCAGGCCAGCCAGUCGAUGAGGAGAACCAGCCGCCAGCUACAGGCCGGGAAAACCAGCUAACCUCACUUUGGGAAUGUGGUGUAACUUCAUGCUGAGGUUGGGCUCUCCUGCUUUCACACCAAGAACUUAACGUUUUUAUAAUGUUUCAUCAAUCCAAACUAGCAAGAAAACGUUACGUUACCGGUUUUGAGCGUUGCCGUGUAGGGACGUCUCCGAGGUUUUCCAGGACCUUAAAAAAAAUCCAGAGAGAGAACUGUGAGAAGAUGAGUUUCUCCAAAUCUUGGAUCUUCACCUUAAGCUCCAGAACUUUUUUCUUCACAAAACCAGAAUGCAAAGCACUCAGAUGGACUGAAGCACCAAAGGGACACACUACAAGAUUGUGGAGGAAUCUGGGAUGUCAAGUUGUUCUUGGGAAGAAAAAAAAAAAGCAAUCCCCCCCCCCCCGUCCUGGAGAUAGGUGUGUGCUGAUACUACAUCAUGAUAAUUGCCCAAACUUUUAUCACGGUUUUACGAUAUCAUCACAAUGCAUCAGAGAAGGACUGAUAAUCUGGUAGCUUUUCAAAGGUACCCAUCACAAAAAAAGAACCAUGACAGGCCUUGAGAUAGCUACACUCUUACACAAAUGUAGGACCCUUAAGGGUUAUUUUGUUGUCUUUCUCUAAAGGGGUUUCAAGUAGAACCUUUUUGGCAAGCAAUGAAACAUUAAUUGUCUAAAAAUAAGGACCUUUAGAAGACUUUCGUAGGCACCUGUCUAUUGGGGCAGCAUUUUAUCUGACAAGGAACCUCAGCAGGCACUCAUAGCUACACUCUUGAAAACUUAUAACCCUUAAGGGUUCUUUCUUUGUCUCUCUGGAAAAACAGUAUUUUACUGUUAGAAGGGAUUCCAAGUAGAACCUAUUUAGCAAGUGGAGAAUCUUUAAAUACAGAAAAUAAGGACCUUUUAGGGGAUUUUCAAUGGUAACCAUCUCAUGGGGCAACAGUGUGACAGUUAAGGAACCCUGGCAUCCACUCUAAGAAACCUUAGGACUCUUAAGGGUUCUUUGGAUGUUCCUCUGGGAAAAGUAUUUCUCCAUCAGAAGGGGUUCCAAGCAGAACCUUUAAAGCAAGUUAAGAAGCCUUAAUUACUGAGAAUUACUUAAUUACUGAGCUUUAGGGGACUUUCAAAGGUAACCAUCUCAUGGGGCAACGCUGUGACAGACGAGGAACCCUGGCAGACACUCAUAACUACACUCUUAUAAACUUCAGUUAAUUCACUAUCAAUCGCUACAUUCUUAGAAAAUGCAGAACCCUUAAGGGUUCUUAGAUUUGGCCAAAGUAAUAUCUUGAACAUUUGUGAAUUCUGCCCAGAUUCUCUUAAAUGGAAUGCCAUAUUUAUAACAGUAUUGAUCAAUAUCGUGAUGUAUCGUAUAACCAGUUCGGCACAUGCCUAAUUUCAUCCACAUUUUAUAUUAAGCUCUACUGACAAGCUUUUUACAUCAGAUUCCAAGAUGGACGAGUCCAGUCCGUGCUUCAUGGUCGCCAUAACUGUUUCCAGGACUGUGGUAGUUGGUACUUUAACACUACGUUAUCAGAUAGAGAACCACCCUACACACACAUGAACAUACACCUGUGUAGAAAGGCACAGCCUGUUUCAUGCUAAUCGAAUAGUGUGGUUUCUCUGUAUUUCACUAUGACCGUGCCUUACAGUGUAAACCGCACCCGCUCUUAACGGAGGGUUAAGUACCUAAACCUGUUCUUAGGGCAGAAUGUUAUGACUGGUUAAGCUGAACAGGAUUCUGACAACAGUGUCCGAAAAGACGCAUUGCUAGCUACAGCGGAUUCUCCAAAGCGUUAAAAAAAAGUCCAAAAUCCCAGAUGUUGUCUUUUUGAUUUGUUUUAAAAAAUAAUUUAAAAAAAAGCAAGUUAUGAUAACAUUUUCUCUUAUUAUGAGAGUCAGAAAACUAGCUGCAUUACUAGAUAAUUAUAACCAACUAUAAUAAUAGCUAUAUAAUAGCUAGCUAUAUAACAAACAUGACUUGGUUGUUUGGUUUGCUAGUUUUGAUUUAUCGCUAACUGUGAUCAUUUCAAGCUAGCUAAUUCGACUAAUUUGUGCUCAAUUUGUUGUUUCGAGUUUGCAGUUUAAUACAUUUCUGGCCACAGUUUUUUUUUUAUUAUUAUAAGUAGGCAUAGAUCAAUCUCAAUUUGAAUAGACCAAAAAAAAAACAUUUGAAUAUGUAGAAAAUAUACAUCACAUCCCCAUGCUAACGCUUUAGUUAAAAAUGUCAAUCCAUAGACACACGUUAAUAAUGGAGACUAGCUGUAAAAGCUGCUUCACAGAUUUAAUUCAUUCGAGCAAUCGCAAUAACUAAGCAAAUUUUGUAAUCAUUACGAGACAUUUAAUAUUUCUAAUUAUGUUCUAAUCUUGGUUUAUGUAAUCUUGCUUCUGAGCAGGUUUGAACUCAGAGUCGUUUUCCAACAACAGCUUCAAUGAAUCGAGAAAUCCAGAAUUAUAUCAAUUCGACAAUCCAGCUGAUUCAGUAAUCUAGGUGCGAAGAACGAGUUCCUGUUGUAGCUAGGAUCUCAAGCUCUGCCUCCUGUCUGUUAUUUUGAUCAUCAUACUUAACCAAUCAAGUCCUUUCUGCCCUGAGAAGAGGUUUGUGUGAGUGAAACUCCCCCACGAGCACUUAACGCACUCCCCCGUGAAUGUAAAGCCCAGAUGGUUGACCGUUUUCAUAUCUGCGUGAAAAAGAAGUACCUUUAUUUUUAUCCUGGGAGGAAAAUUAUUUUUAUUCUAAAAGUGUGCUUACUUUAUCUGGGAUUAGAAUUAAACCCAUAAUUUCAUACAAGAAAUUCUGAAAUCUAUCGCACAUCCAUGUCUGUUCACCUCUGACUAUUUUGUGGUUUGAAGUGAUCCGAGUAUUUUUCUAUAGAGUUCAGCCGAGUGUGUGUGUGUGUGUGUGUGUGUGUGUGUGUGUGUGUG